AUGCACGGCGGAUCCUCCUCAGAUGUAACAAGUCAUGUCAAGGAUGGUGUUAUUGAUCUAAUAGCUGGGACAUUAGGUACGAUACCAGCAUUAGCAGCAAAUGUAGCUGAAAACGCGGUUCUCUUCACUGCAUACGGGUAUUGUCAAAAGAUAGUCAGUCUAAUCUCUGGUCACUCAGACGUAAAAACCAUGACACCCAUCGAAAAUGCGUCGGCUGGCUCAUUAGCGGCAAUCUUUGCGGCUGCCGUCCUAUGUCCCACAGAGUUGGUCAAAUGUCGUCUACAAGCAGCUCGUGAAGUUGGCAUCCAUUGUACACCUACGUCAGUAUGUAGAGAUAUGUGGCGAGAAAAAGGUAUCAAAGGAUUCUUCAUCGGUAUGACUCCAACUUUAGCACGGGAGGUGCCUGGUUAUUUCUGUUUCUUUGGUGCCUACGAGACAUCACGAUAUCUGCUAACGAAGGAGGGACAGGAUAAAGAUGAUAUAGGUGUGUUUUGUGAUCUCACUAGUUUCGUAAAGAAAUGUUUCAGUUGUUAA